AGGUACCGCAUACAUAAAUGCUGUUUUUUAUGGUCGUAAAGCAGACAGUGAUAAAGAUAAAGACGGUCCCAGUUCAAGUAUGUCGUCCAGCUCAAAUGGCUGCACGGUGCCAACAAAUACCCGUAAACAUAUUCUGCAAGUCUCAACGUAUCAGAUGUGUGUUUUAAUGCUUUUUAAUAAUCGUGAUGUAUUAACAUAUGAGGAUAUACAACAAGAGACAGAUAUCCCUGAACGGGAAUUGGUGC